AUGGCUCCGCUCCGCCGCCUCCGCCUCUGCCUCCUCCUCGCUGCGCUGCUGCCGCUCCCCGCGGCACCGGCACCGGCACCGACAGCGCUCCCGCUCCGCCCGGACUGGGCCGCCUGCAGGAUCCUGUCCCGGGAGCUGUCGCGACUGCUCGCGACCGUCAAAGAGCCGCACUCGGCGCUGGAGGGGAUGCAGCUGCUGGAGGAGGAUCCCCAAAAUUGGCCCCCCCGGAUCCUCUGCAGCGACGCCUGUGACCCCCUGACGCUGGAGACCAACCACACGCGCUGCCUGCACCGGAUCCGCCAGGCGCUGCAGCACUACCGGGACCUGCUGGGCUCCGAAAUCUUCCGGGACCAACCCCAACCCCAGCUGGAGAGCACGAUGGAGCAGCUGCUGCGGCACGUCCAGGAAGGGCACGGCCGCCCCUCCCGGCACCCCCCGGUCCGCACCGAUCUCUGGGCGCAGCCCCUGCAGCGGCACCUGGCUCUGAAGCGGCUCCGCUCCUUCGCCGCCGUCAUGGGCCGAGUGUUCAACCACAGCGCCCGCUGA